ACCUUUGACCUGCAUGGAGAUGCGCGGACCGUGAGCGCUUUUGCUGUUGCGUUCAUGCCCUGGCAGAGGACAAUUGAGGAGUCAGCCGAUCGCACUUUCAUCCCCACAAACGUCCGGCCGACUCUAGGAUCCAGGGGGCGGCAGCGUCUAGAGUAGCGCCCGCGGCGGGUUGAAGGGGCGGGUCCUGAGGCCGGGCGGGACACGUGCCGCAGCGCAGGCAGCUCCUCCGCUUGUUAUUGCUGCGGGCGCUUUGCAAACUUUGCGGGCUGCUGCAGCCGGGCCGGAGCCACGGUGGGCAUUUUCUCUCUCUCCCCCUUUUCGCUGAUCCUUGUUGCUCGUCCUGUUUAUGCAACUGCCGGCCGGCUGACCCCCGGCUGCUUUUAACCCGAGCCUCCCCAAAGUUGCGGCGCCGGCUCCAGGCAAGUGAUCCGGGAAGUUCGUGGGGAUGUCGGCCGAAGGGGAAGGGAUGUUGGUCCGCCCGUUCAAACUGGUGGCGCUGCUCUGCGCCUUCAUCGCGCUCGCUCUGAACGUGGCCGCCUUGCUCAGCCCAGCUUGGGUCACGUCGGAACGCGAUUCGCUCUCCCUUUGGAAGGUCUGUAGGCAGCCCCCGGAGGACUGGCAGUGCAUCUCUACGCUCCAGACCGACUGGCAAGUAGCUACUUUGGUGUUAAUUCUGACUUCAGCCACCAUCACUCUGCUGUCCUUUCUCAUGUCCCUGAUUUCCUUCUGCCUGGGUACCUACAAGAACUAUUAUCGAGUUGCUGCCCUGCUCCUCUUCGCAGCAGUGGUUCUGCAGGUCUGCGCCUUAAUUCUUUAUCCCAUCAAAUUCAUCGACAGCAGCCUGUUGAAGAGCUACCACGAGUUCAACUGGGGAUAUGGAUUGGGCUGGGGCUCCGCCAUCUUCAUGCUGGGGGCAGCCAUCCUGUACUGCCUGCGCACAGAUGUGUACGAUGACGCCUACUACUGAGGCUGGCAAAGGGAGCUGCAUUUGGAUUAUGAGAUCGACGGGACCGGAUGGAUGGAGAGAUGGAAGGGACCACUGGAUUCACUGGGAGAGGGCAGUUAUAACAUGCUCGGUCCUUUUGUCUGAGUACCUUAGCUUGGCACAAUGCCAGCUAAACUUUCGAAAAAGGAACACGUGAAGAUCUCCAGGCCUGGCCACUCUUCAAGUAGUUAAGAGGAACUGUUAGCGAGUGAGCUUUACUUCUCACCAGGAGCAUUAGCUUGUGAUCCCUCUCCUAUUUUCUUUGAUUUCCGAUGCAGGAAUAAUUUGUAUUUAUUUUUUUAAAGAGCGCAACUGUCAUUGGUUAAGAAGAUCCCACUUUGCCUUUACUUUGAGGAGUCUGGCACAAUGAGGGUUGGUGGGAAGCCAGUCCAUUUUUUUUUAAGUGCACAGAGACUGUAGUAAUGCUGGUGGUUUCAGUCACCGCUUUGCACAGCAUGCGUGUGUGAAUGGAUGCAGGGACGAAUAAACCAGCCAAUCUAAAUGCAUUCAUUGAAGUAAUGUGCUUUUUUUGACGGGAGUGUGUGUGUUUGAAAACUUCAGACAGCCCAGCAGUCAGGCAACUCCUGCUGGGACAGGAUUGAAAAGGUCAGGAUAUUGGGGGGAGGGGAGAUACCAAUAAGUGGGGAAAGUGCAUAUGCAGAAGCCGUGCAGAGGUCAGCACAUCAGUGGGAAACGAAUGAACUCAGGCUGGGUCUAGAUUUUAGCAAAAUGGGGUCGGUAUAAUGCUGGGGUGGUAGAAGGGACUGGAUUGCAGCUUUGAAUGUUCCUCCAUGUUUAAAAAGAAAAAAAAAAUCCCCAUGCACCGAAAACAAGCACAGCAGGCAAAGGCCGGGGUAGAUUUUUGUUCCCCCUCUGAUGUUCUAGUUUUUUGGGGUGUGGGGUUGCUUGCAAGUAGCUUUUGUUUACUUUGUGGGGGAGCGCUACAAGUGAUCCAGUCUUCCACACACAGUCUGAAGCAGUACAGUUCCUGCCAUCUCAUUCCCAUCAUGUUGCUGCAUUUUGUAGACCUAGAGAGAUGACUUUGGAAUGAGUGUCCCUCACUUAAAACGAUCCCUUUUCUAUUCUGCUGGUAUCAGAUCUGCAGCUCCUAAGGGCAUAAUUCUUUGCAAGCUUGAGACACCUUUCUAAGGCCAGGAAAAUUAACGGCUUUAGCAGAUUAUAACUCUUUAGGAUUGCACUGCUGGUUACUCUCACCCUUUCAUUUGCUCAUGGUUUGUUUAAUU